AUGGCGGAGGUGGAAAAUCCACGGACAAACUGCAGUGUUCAAAAUGACGAGCUGUACUGCGAACCUACAAUUCUGAGCGACCGCUCAAACUUUUCUAACCUUAAAAAAGUUCACUGGGCGCUUAACCUGGAGGAAAUUUCUUACUUCAGUCCAGAUGAAUGCAAGACGAGUGAUUCUAUCUUAAAGAAGUUAAAGAUUAAGGCUCGCUCUCUGAAAAACUUAGAUAUUUGCGACGACUUAUUGCAAAAGAUGCAAGAAGUUAUUGAGAGAAUGAUGGACAAAAUAUUUAGACAUUCUGGCGAGUUCCGGAUCCAGGAUUUCAAUGACUUAAAGAAUGACUGGGAUAAAUUGUUUGAACUCUACGGGGAAUGA